ACCGUUUUUUUACACUUAUGACCAAUAACAAUAAUAUAGGAUAGGCUAGACCUAAUCCAUUAUGGAUACAAUAAUGUCAUCCAUCGAUCAAAACAUCCAUUUUGAUUAAUCAAACAGCAGCUUUUUGACUGUGGCAGUGCCGAUAGAAAACUGCAGUUUUUUGGCACUGUGGCAGUGCCGAUAGAAAACAGCAGCUUUUACACACUGCUGCAGUGGCCAUAGAAAACAGCAGCUUUUUCGCACUGCAGCAGUGCCGAUGAAAACAACAGCUUUUUUUUGCACUGCGGCAGUGGCGAUAGCCUUAGCCUCACCUAACGGGGAAAUAAAAUAGGGGUAAAUUAACUAAAAGCCAUAUAUAGGGGCCUAUUUGAAAAUUACAAUUUGCAAAUCUCUUCGAUAAAACAUUUAAAAAAAAACAAAACUUUUUUCUUUAAUGUGAAUUAUCAGCUUCGGGAUUUACUGCGAAAACAUAAACUAUCACAAUGAAAACUUUUAACGGAAUAAUUUAUUAAUUAUCAUUCAGGUUUCGAUUAUUAACAGACGCUUGUAUAUACAUCCAUAACCUGUGCUGACGGAUGCAAAAAAACUAAUUGAAUUGUUACAUAAUGAAAUAAAUAAUGAUUAUAUAAUGGUUAAUGGUUAUUAUGUAAUCGUCUGAUAAUUGGUGAUCGUAUUUGAUGUCAUUUAACUUCAUGAGUCCUGUAUACCAACAUUUUCAAUAACAUUGGAUUCUGAACGGCUAGUGGCCACCUUAUCCUUUCAAGUCACCACUACAACAUAAACAAAAACUAAUAGGUAUGCAAAAACUAUAGAAUGGUUAUAUAAUGGUUACCGGUAUAUAAUGAUUAUAUAAUGAUUAUAAUUAUAAUGGUUAUUAUGUAAUCGUCUGAUUGGUAAUACUACUUGCAUUAUGGCAUUUAAUUUCUUGUGUUUUAAAAAUAUUUCAGUUGACCAAAGGAGAUUGGAUUUAGAACGGCUAGUGGUCUUUAUCAUAUCAAGCCUCAUGCUAUUAGGCCUACAUAAAGAUUCUCAAGAAGAUGUGAAUCAGAAUAUCUUGUAGUGUCAGUUGCAAUAAUGAAACGCGAUUUCAUCGGAAUUCUGCUGACAGCGGGAAUCCUUGUUAUCUUCUUUUGGAACAGUGUUCCUCAAUCCACUAUAACUACACUAAAAUCUGUGGUGCCAAAAGCUAAGGCGGGUAGAUUAGAUCAACAGAAAAAUGAUUUUCUACGGAGAAUGCGGAACAUUCAAAACGAACGGAAGCAGACUCUGAAAAAAGCAUGCAAGAAGUACAAGUCAAAAAUUGGGAAAGUAGACGUUUACAAACAUCCGCCAUGGAAUAUUGCCAUUAACGACGAAUACAAACUCCUCUACUGCUUCACGCCAAAAGUCGCCAGCACCAGCUGGAAAAGGCUCCUUUUAGUUCUGAAUGGUUUUAUGAACAGUACAGACGAUCUACCUCAACAUGUCGUCAACCGAGCGGGAAUGAAUUCGUUUCAGUACCUCGAAGAACGAUCGCCAAAAGAUGUCAAGUACAUCCUAAGUUCUUACACAAAAUUUAUGUUCACUCGAAAUCCCUUCUCAAGAGUUCUCUCUGCUUUUCGCAACAAACUCGCUCCUGACACAAAUUUUAGUCAGACAGAUAUAUGGAGGGACAAACUUGGUUAUUAUUUAUCUACGCUGUAUACCAAUGAAACGAAGGGUGACACCCAGACAAGUUACAAUUUAACUUUCAUGGAUUUUGUCCAUUUUCUGACCGAUCCAGAUCAAACGGACCACAAACACUGGAAGAAUCCGCAUUGGGGGUAUCAGUACCAACGCUGUAGACCAUGCGAAAUCGAAUACGAUGUUAUAGGCAAGUUUGAAAGCCUACAGGAAGAUGCUAGGUAUAUAAUGAGGAUUGCGCAUAUCGGUAACGUGACGUCAUUUCCGUCGUCGAGCGGAAGCAAUCCCACGGAUAGUUCAAAUACGCGUAGUCUGCACUCUUACUAUUCCACCUUACCUGUCAGUUACAUACAGUCGUUGUAUCAACGAUAUAUAAUAGACUUUGAAAUGUUUGGAUACAAAAAGCCAACGUCAAACAUUCCGUUUAAAUGAUAUUCUUUUAGUAGUAAUAAUGAAAUGAAUGUAGUUUUUAAAACAUAGAUCAAUGUAUUUAUUUAUUUAUGUGUUCGAAACAGACAAAUAUUGACCAUCAAUAUUUAUUUAGGAGAAAGUCAGUGGGAAAAUUUUUAUUGCAACGGCUCCGCGGAAGUUGUAAUGAAAUCGUAUUAUAAACAUUCUGAAAAAAAAAUGUAUGGCGAUUAAUUAUAAAUGUCAAAAUUAACGAGGCGAUACCCCAUUGUUGAGGAUGUUAUGGUUUAAUUAACUUUACGUCCCUUCAUAUAGGAAAUAGUCCCGGUUCAUUUCAUCACGAUGGUAUGGCAGGGUAUACUAAAGUCUAUAUCACGCUAGAACAGUUUAUUAGGCGUGUUGCCGCAAACGCUAGUAACGUUCGCUCGCCUGCGUCAUGCCACAAAGUGGAUUUUCAGUGUGAAACGCGAACAUUAUCACAAAAUACAUUUUCAAUGUUGUACACGUUCUUACCAAUCUCUAUCUAUUGUAUAGCACUAUCUUUUUUUUUAGUAAAGAGUAAAGAGAAGGGCUUCUUUUCAAAAUGAAUGCCGUAAAUUUUGGGAAUUUGUACUAUAAAACAAUAAUAACUAGGCCUAAGGCCACUGCCACCGGUGUUGCUAAUGUGUGUGUCGUGUUACAAAACAGUACAGUAAUUAUGUAAUUGUACAUUAUCCGAGUCCAUUGAGUGGUUCUUCCAUACGGAUUAAACAAGUGCCAUAAAUAUGAUAUGUAUAAAUGUCGUCGAUGUUUAUUCUGUUUUUCAAAUUCUCAUUUAAUAGUUAAAAUCCCCCAUAAAGUGAGUCGCAAAAAAUCCCCCAGAGACCUAUUAGUACACGUAAUAAAGUAGUGUUUUACAAACGAA